CGUAGGCGCGUCGCCUAGCCCCAGGCCUCUGGGCGCCGUCGCCGGCGUGCCCGCCGCCUGAGGCGAACCCGCAGGGAACAUGGAGGAGCUGCUGAGGCGGGAGUUGGACUGCAGCUCCGUCAAGGCCACGGGCCACUCAGGGGGCGGGUGCAUUAGCCAGGGCCAGAGUUACGACACGGACAAAGGACGCGUGUUUGUGAAAGUGAACGCCCAGCCCGAGGCUAGAAGAAUGUUUGAAGGUGAGAUGGCCAGUUUAACUGCCAUCCUGAAAACAGACACAGUGAAAGUGCCCAAGCCCAUCAAGGUCCUGGAUGCCCCGGGAGGCAGCAGUAUGCUGGUGAUGGAGCAUUUGGACAUGCGAUACCUGAGCAGUCAUGCUGCCAAGCUUGGAUCCCAGCUAGCAGACCUGCACCUGGAGAAUAAGAGGCUUGGAGAGAAGCUGCAGAAGGAGGCCAGCACAGUGGGGAGCGGAGGUGGGCAGGCGGAACGGCCCUUCAUAGACCAGUUUGGGUUUGACGUGGUGACGUGCUGCGGAUAUCUCCCCCAGGUGAAUGACUGGCAGAAGGACUGGGUCGCAUUCUAUGCCCAGCAGCGCAUUCAGCCCCAGAUGGACAUGCUGGCGAAGGGGGCUGGGGACAGAGAUGCCCUUGAGCUGUGGUCUGCUCUGCAGUUGAAGAUUCCUGAUUUGUUCCUUGAUUUGGACAUUGUGCCAGCUCUGCUCCACGGAGACCUCUGGGGAGGAAACGUGGCAGAGGAUGUCUCUGGGCCCAUCAUUUUUGACCCGGCUUCCUUCUACGGCCACUCGGAGUACGAGCUGGCAAUCGCUGGCAUGUUUGGGGGCUUCAGCAGCAACUUCUACUCCGCCUACCACAGCAAGAUCCCCAAGGCCCCUGGGUUUGAGAAGCGCCUGAAGUUGUAUCAGCUCUUCCACUAUUUGAACCACUGGAAUCAUUUCGGAUCAGGGUACAGAGGGUCCUCCCUCAACAUCAUGAGGAACCUCAUCUAGAGAGCUUGCUCUGCUCCGGAGGGGGCCCUGGGCGAGGAGCCUGCCGGGGCCUUCGGUUCGGAUGUACCAGAUCCUCACCCUCUGGCUCCCCCAGUCCUCUUCAGGGGUUCUGUCCCAUUUCUUCACACACCUGGAGAGGCUUCAGACCACCUUUCCGAAAGCUGUUCGUUUCGUUAGACUCAUGGUUGGAUGACCCAUGCUCAUAAUGUGAACAGAGGGACCUGCAGUGUGGGCCAUGUCAAACCAAACAACUCCCCUCCCGUUCUGUCUCCAGGAAUGACCCGCGUUCAGGAUGAUGCUACUCGAUGGCUGAGGUGUAGUCUAGGCACCAAACUGUCUGACGAGGAGCAUCUUACAACGCCCAUUCCCCAAACUGAGCACAUUCCCUUUGCUUUCUGUGUGACCUCUGGACCAGCCGCAGGCUGAGCAGGUCUGGAGAUGAUUUGGGGAGUGGCCAAACUGCGGCUUUGGGGUGUCCUUAGCAGAUUCAGGAGCCACUGAAUCUACUUCACACCCACCUGUCUGCGCUCGCUCAGCUUGCAGAGUGUCGUUCCUUUGCUUCAGACACGCCUGCACUCAGUCAGUGUUCCCCCUUGGUCUUGCAGGGAUGAGGAGCGGUCAUGAAUGGCAUUGAUGCUAACAAAUGCUUUUGUGUGAACUUCCCGUUGUUUCAAUGAUGCAAGGCACCAUUUCCCUCAGUUAAACCAUAACUCAAUGUUUUUCCUAGAUAUUUGCCAAGAAGCCUUUGUAAUGUGUUAGUGUAAUAAAUUGUUUCUUUAAGAGCAAA